AUGAACGGCAUACAAGAACAACAAAUGACGCAGCUUUACCUGCCGCAAACUGAGGACCUGAUGCAGCUGCACACCAUGCUUAGUCAGCUCCAGAUUGCGCUCAAGGACAACGAAGAGGUGGUGGAGAAGUUGAUUCGACAGGCCGACAAGUACACGCUUUCAGAUGUCAUGGAGGAGGUUGAAGCGACCAAAGACAGCGACAGCGACGAGUAUUUGCCGUCGACCGGCGACUCGGACGCCUUGCUCGACUCACAGCUGUCGAAAAACGCGUUUUUGAGGACCCAGGUGGCUCAGCAGACAAAAACCAACUCAGAGACAUUACAGCUUGUGUCGGAGUACAGAAAAGGCCUGGGAUCUUGUCUGGAUGUGGUGCGGCAGCUGGCAUGGGAAAAGACGGUUCGAAAUAUCAAUUUGCAUCGAGAUUUGCAACCAGGAUAUUUCGAGAGGAAUCAGCAGGUGGAUGCCAUGCAGGUGGAGAAUGCGGAGAUUAGAAGAGAGAUUGAGUUGGAGGUGAAUCUGUUGAGAAAGUUGGUUAGGGAAGGGUGUUAG